AAGUUGCUUAAGCCCUAUAUAUAGCAUUCUGCACAGAGACGACACAAUGUGACAUUCUUGAUUUCGUAGACGAGGGAUGAGGGAUAAAGUCACAUCAUCUGAUCGAGUGAAUUAUGGCGCUAUCAUCGCGCUGGCCGCAAUCAGCUUCAUGCUGCUGCGGAAAUGGAUAGCUGGUGGUGUCUGCAAAAGCUGUGCUCGUCUCGAUGGAAAGACGGUUGUGAUUACCGGUGCUAACACUGGGAUUGGCAUGGAAACAGCAAAAGAUAUGGCUCGUAGAGGGGCUCGGGUAGUGAUGGCCUGCCGAGACCUGACUCGUGCCGAGAAUGCUGCAGAGUAUAUUCGACGCUCCACAGGAAAUGGCAAUGUAGUCAUCAGACACUUAAAUCUGGCAUCUCUGUAUUCUGUCCGAGAAUUUGCCAAAGAGUUCAUAGCAACAGAGGAACGACUGGAUAUACUUAUAAACAAUGCAGGUGUUAUGAUGUGUCCAAAGUGGGUCACAGAGGAUGGCUUUGAGAAACAGCUGGCUGUCAAUCACUUGGGACACUUUCUUCUGACCAAUCUACUGUUGGGAAUGCUAAAGAGAUCCUCCCCCAGCCGCGUAGUUAAUUUGUCUAGUAUUGCACAUGUUGGUGGAAAUAUUGAAUUUGAUGACCUGUUCUUUGACAAAAGGCCUUACAGUCCUUUGCUCAGCUAUAAACAGAGUAAGCUGGCCAAUGUGCUUUUCUCUAGAGAGCUUGCACGGAGAAUAAAAGGUACAGGGGUCUCCUCGUACUGCCUUCAUCCAGGAGUGAUUCGAACAGAGCUGAUUAGGCAUAUUCUGGUACAGUACCCAGUGCUGAAGAUUGUACUGUCUGUGCCUUGUAUUCUGCUGAUGAAGACUCCUUGGCAGGGUGCUCAGACCUCCAUCUACUGCGCUGUCACUGAGGGCUUAGAGAGCAAGUCUGGCUGCUACUUCAGUGAUUGUGCUGAAAAAGACCCUGCACCAGAAGGAAAAGAUGAUGAAGUAUCAAGAAGGUUGUGGGAGGAAAGCGCUCGGAUGGUUGGACUAAACAGCCGCCAUUGAUACGUCAUAGUACUACACUCUUCCUGACUGUUCCUAAAAAAGAAGAAAAAAAAACAUCAUGACCGCUUGGAACAUUGAUAAUGAAGAAGAAGCACCUAAUCAGUGUAUUAGAAUGAUUUCUGAAGGAUCAUGUGACACUGCAAACUGGAGUAAUGGCAGCUUUCAUCAAAGAAAUACAUAUAUAUUAUAUAUAUAUUAAUAAAUUCAAAUAGAAAAUGUGUAAUAAUAUUUCAUAAUAUUUCUGUUUUUACUGUAUUUUUGAUCAAUUAAACGCAGCCUUGGUGAUCAUAAAAGACUUAUUACCGAAACAUUAAACUGUAUUUUAGUGCUGCACAAUGUUAGCUAACAGAUCAGUAAAUAAAUGUCAGAUUAAGACUAAUGCCGAUGAGUUCCCUGCCAGCAAACAACAAGUCUGUCCCUAAGAGUUUCCUCCAGGGAAUCAUUUGUGGGUGAAAUUGGCUUCCAAAUUUGAGUCAUUUUCUUGUAUUCAUUUCUUUGGAAGCCCAUUACUGAUAAUAAGUGACUGGUAAUGAUGUGUACAGUGUCGCACAAAGAAUUCGUGUAAACAUGAUUAGUCAAAAAAAGUGAUAAAUCAGAGACUUCAAGGCCUGACAAUGCACAACUCCCUCAGUCAUUUCUGAGUGCUUUGCAACGGAGAAUAAAGAGGAAAUCCAAUUAGAAAACCAUUGCUGGGACAAUCCCAACGUAAUUUAGCUUGUAGCAUUAGUACAUCGUCUAUGGUCAACAAAGAGCAUAAUUCACUGAACUCAUUCCAUCAUAUAGUACCGUAUGCUCAUGAAGAGCUGAACCCAAUCAAUGAGCGCUCUGCAUGUGUGGCCCCUGUGGGCAAUGUCCGGCGCCUGCCUGUCUCCGCUGGACUCACACUAGAGGAAGAGCAUUAAAUGGAAAUGUGCCAUUACAUUAUUACAAGAUAAAGCUAAACUAAAAAGUUAAGAUACUAAAAUUUACUGUUCAUAUAAACUAAAUAACUUUGUUUCACAAAUCUAAUAGGUUUGCAUUUUCUUGAAUAUCCAUAAUGUGCUGAUAUGAUCAGUGGAUGUAGUACAACGUGACAUUUGUGCAGUUUGCUCUGAUUAUAAUUUACAUUGUAACCCAAUAGAAUUUAGCAUUCAAAUGUGUGGUCUGAUGACCUUGUUUUUUUAAGGGAAGGAUGGCUCUUGCAUAAGUCAUGUUGUGUGGAAGCUUAUUUCUACCAUGGAAUAAAAAUAUUCAAAUAUAA